UUCUUCGCGCUUCGAUUCAGUCAACAAGAUGAAAUUGGCAUUGAUCCUUCUCGUUUGCUUCGUUGGAGCUACCUACCAACAGGGAUAUGCGUGGUCACCAUUCUACCACUAUUCACCACACCUGUUUUUCUAUAAUAAUUACGAUCAAGCCAACCGCCAAUUUUCGGACAAAUCAACGCUUAACAUUGGGACAGGAUAUAGCGAUGACGAAAUCGAUUCUUCGAUCCCCGAAAUCCAGGCGAGGAUCCCAUUUGGCCACACGAAGAAACCCCAAAAGAAGUUUUUCAUCACCAGUAUCCUGCCCAACUCUUUCUUCAACUUCAAACCUUUGACCAUCACCACGCUGACGAGCACCGUUUUUUCUACCAUCACGUCGACGGCCGUGAUUGCCACGGUACAGUCGUGCCUUCCUGCGACUAUGUUUUUCACUUCUUCAGGACCAUCGGGCUUUGUGACGUUGACGUCUGCUUGCGGCCGUCGCAGACGUGACAUCGACGAGUCCAGUCCGCGACAAAUCACAGCCGAAAUCGGCGACUCGAUUUUGCCAUCCGUCGUGUCACCGUUGGAGACCAGCAGUGUCGUACCUGAAUUGGACGGAUAUAAUAAUGUCAAUCCGGAGAUAACUUCUUCUCAGACAAAUAUCGAAGAGGAACAGCGUCAAUUCGUAAAUAUCGACAAGAACAGCGGACGCCAAAAUCGUGCCUUGAGUCUAUUAGUGACUGUUACAUCGACGUCGACGUCCUUCUCCUUUUCCACGACCACGAUCAAGAAAACUAUUAAUCUGAGCGGGCCAGCGCAAUUGUCGUGCAUGCCAAGUGGUUUCGCCUUGUGUUAGAUAUUUUAGACAGUUAAGACUUUGUCUCACUCUCUUUUUCUAUUUUAGAAGCGAAAGUAAUUGCAUUUGCUUUUUAGUUAUAUUCCUUAGAAUAAUGUUUUUAUUAUUUAUGCAUUCAUUUCUAACAUCAUUCAGCCUAUAAAGUCGCCUAUUCUGGACUUGUUCUUUCUAGUAAAUGGCCGCAAAACCUGAUUGAUAAAAAUCAAUUUAGAAAAUUGUUUUCUACCCUAUUUUGUUUCAUGUUCUUAUUUUUUACUUAAAUGCAAUUUUCUUUUCAAACCUGGAUCCACAAGGAUUUUGGUUUGUUGUUAUAGCCUUUCCAACAAAAUGUAUACAUGAGAAUUUAGUUAAAUAAAUAGUGUUCAUUAUUA